CAAUUCCCUGACAUUUUAUUCAGCAUAUUCAUGGACUAACCAAAAAAGGGCGCAAAAGAACAACACAUUUCUGCUUUUUUUAUUUUCUCUCUUUGACUCCGUGUGAUUGAAACGGCCAGGAUGCAUCCGAUAAAUGCGGUGGUGGCGGCGAGGAUGCUGUUGAACACGGCGGCCUCCGUCAAUGAAUCCGUCGGAGGUGGGAUUCCGUUCGGAUCUCCGUGGUGGUUCAUCUACGCCGGGAUUUCUUGCUUUUUAGUCCUCUUCGCGGGGAUCAUGUCGGGUCUCACUCUUGGACUCAUGUCGCUUGGUCUCGUCGAACUCGAAAUUCUCCAGCGCAGCGGCACUCCGACUGAGAAGAAACAAGCCGCUACUAUUUUGCCAGUGGUUCAGAAACAGCAUCAGCUUUUGGUGACCUUGCUUCUUUGCAAUGCCGCUGCUAUGGAGGCCCUUCCUAUAUACCUGGAUAAGCUUUUCAAUCAAUAUGUUGCUAUUAUACUUUCUGUGACUUUUGUUCUAGCUUUUGGUGAGGUUAUUCCACAAUCAAUAUGCACAAGAUACGGACUUGCUGUAGGUGCCAAUUUUGUAGUGCUCGUCAGAAUUUUAAUGAUUAUUUGCUAUCCAAUAGCUUAUCCCAUUGGAAAGGUUCUGGAUUGGGUGCUGGGGCAUAAUGAAGCACUAUUUAGGCGGGCUCAACUUAAAGCCCUUGUCUCCAUCCACAGCCAAGAGGCUGGCAAGGGAGGUGAGCUCACUCAUGAUGAGACAACAAUUAUCAGCGGAGCACUAGAUUUGACUGAAAAGACUGCUGAGGAGGCUAUGACACCUAUAGAAUCAACUUUCUCUUUAGAUGUCAAUUCAAAGUUGGACUGGGAGGCAAUGGGUAAGAUUCUUGCUCGUGGUCAUAGCCGUGUCCCUGUCUACUCUGGGAAUCCAAAAAACAUUAUUGGACUUCUGCUGGUGAAAAGCCUUCUCACUGUACGCCCUGAAACUGAGACACCAGUCAGUGCUGUUUCCAUCCGGAGAAUUCCAAGGGUUCCAGCUGAUAUGCCUCUGUAUGAUAUACUAAAUGAGUUUCAAAAGGGCAGCAGUCAUAUGGCAGCUGUUGUCAAGGCUAAAGGAAAAAAUAAGAUUCUUCCUCCAACAGUUGAUGGACAAAAAUAUGAAGAAAACAAAGUCUCACUUGCAGACUCCCAACUGACUACUCCUCUGCUAUCCAAGCUGGAAGAAAAGCCAGAGAGCAUUGCUGUUGACAUUGAUAAGGCUCCAAGACCUGCCAAUUUAAACAGGCAAGAUGCUGCAACAAAUGGAUUGCCAAUCACGUCAGAGGAUAUUGAAGAUGGUGAGGUGAUUGGUAUUAUCACCCUAGAAGAUGUUUUUGAAGAACUUCUGCAGGAGGAGAUAGUGGAUGAAACAGAUGAAUAUGUUGAUGUGCAUAAAAGAAUCCGUGUUGCUGCUGCCGCUGCUGCUUCAUCAGUGGCACGGGCACCAUCAAGUCGGAGGUUGAUUGGGCAGAAGGGAGCGGGAGCCCAAAGUAAGCAAGGUCAAGCCACGAAAAAACCUGCUGAGGGCGAUUCAAACUCCACCAGGAUACAAGGUACACCUGCUGAGGACAAGAGAUGAAUAAGAUUAUAUAAUUGUCAGAUAUUGAUGCGGGUGAUCCUGAUGGGCUGAGUAUUUUUGUUUCUACACUAAAAAGGGUGGACAAGGGAAAAAAAUAAAGGCUUGUAGAUUGACGGGAUUGCUACGUCUAAGUGAAUUUCCCGUGCAUACUGCAUGGUGGUUUUCUAAAUAUAAGCACGUUAAAGAGAAAUGUAAUUUAGAACUUCCAUGGUUUUCAAGCCCAGGUCUUCAAUUUUUUGUUUUCUUAUUUUGUUAUUUUGAUUUUUAGGGUGAUGGAAUAUGGAAAUGGAAGCACGCGUGAGUUUGUAGAAAUGCUUUGGCAUCGUGAUUUUGGUGUAUUUUGCCUCGUGAGAUGAAUUAUUUGUUAACUAGCCUGUUUCCGGGAAUGGAAAGUAGAAGAAAGAGGGAAAACACUACUGAAUUUAGUUA